GAAACAAUGAGUUUAAAACCAUUCACCUACCCAUUUCCAGAGAUAAGGUUUCUUCAUGCAGGACCCAAUGUGUAUAAGUUCAAAAUCAGAUAUGGCGACAGUAUCAGAGGAGAAGAAAUCGAGGCUAAGGAAGUCAUCAUCCAGGAACUAGAGGAUUCUGUCCGUGUAGUCUUGGCAAACAUGGAUAACCUGCAGCCGUUUGUUACAGAGCACUUCAUUGUGUUCCCCUAUAAAAGUAAGUGGGAGAGAGUUUCCCACCUGAGAUUUAAACAUGGAGAGGUCACCCUGACCCCCUAUCCAUUUGUUUUUACUCUCUAUGUAGAGAUGAAAUGGUUUGCUGAAAACCUGCCUUCAGGGAAACCAACAGACGAUAUUCCUCUUGAGUUGGUCCUAGCUGAGAAGGAUGCAGAAGAAGCUGCAAUGAAGAAACAAAAACUCAUGAAAGAACCCAGCCCCCGAGGCAGGCUACAGCCACACAGAGCCAAGACAGAGCCUUGUAGUGAAGAUCCCAAACGUAAGAAGGCACUGAAGGCAACCAAGAGGAGCAGGGAAGGAGAAGCCCAGCAGGAAUAUCAGGACGCCCCAGCUUCUGAUGCCACUGAUGUCCAGGAACAAGAUGCUAAGUUGGAACACAGCCUGCCGGGGCUGGCUGUGCCUCCGCUGCAACAUUGCAAUCCACCACCACUGAAAGAGGCAGGAGCCAGUGGCCUCUUUGGGUUUCUAAGCACUCUCUUCCCGUUUCGGUAUUUCUUCAGGAAGAGCAGUCAGUGAGCCAUCCAGGCACCACAGCAUGGGCCGUGGGUCCCGGGUCCCGUCGGAAAGAGGAUUUUCUCCUGCAAUGACUCCUC